UUCUCCUCCCCGGACGAUCUCAAGAUGGAAACCAGAUCGACAACACCCCUGCAACGAAGUGCCGGAAGAGGACAACCUUCUUUCCGAUCUCCACGGUAGCCAGUGCAACCUUCGUUCAUGGACUCCGUUUCAAGUUUUUGGGGUCAUUCACACAAUGAACUCAACGAGGAUCAUCACCGCGUUUCCUCCCCCACCAGGAGUUACCCCCAACUUCGUCAACCCCGACUUCAAUGGCAAACAAAUCAUAGUCGCUGGGGUUGUAUUGCCUCUGCUCAUGUUUCCGUUCUUAGGGGCACGGCUGUAUGCGAAGUAUGCUCUACUCAAGAAAAUUCAUUGUGACGAUUACAUGAUAGCUCUGGCUGUGGUAGGCUCUUGCUAUCCUCUCAUGCCCUCGCACAGCGAGUUAACCAAAGUCGUUUCCUUGCAGCCAUUUACGCUUGUGUUUUCUAUUAUGCAAAUGCUUCGUGAGUCCCCAGUAUUUCUCAAGGCCACUAAUUUGGCUAAGGCUUCCCAGAAACCAGAAAUGGGUCUGGGAACCAUAUUUGGGAUAUUCCGCUACCUAAGUUCGAAACCUAUUUCUUCGUGAGUGUAUUCCCCUCUCUGCCAAUCUUCCGUCUGUAGACAUCAUAUCUGAUCCCACGCACCAGUGGGGUGGUAUUUUCGGCUCUCUAACCCUCGGUCUUGCCACUUUGCUCAUCAAGGCU